UUGACUUGAUUUUUUUUAUGUUCAUGUAAAUAUUUAUUAAUUCACAAUUUCAAAUUAUAAAAUGAAUGACGAAAGAAAUAGUAACGUUAAAGAAAUAAGAGAGUUAUAUUCUAUGUUCCAUCAAGAAUAUAUAAUAAUGGCGGAGUAGUUGCAAUAAAUACCUUCUUUUAAAUCAAAUAAGAAAUUAUCAUAACUUCUUGCAGCCGGAUGCUUCAAACAGAGAAUUUACAGGGAAUAUAUGUCAUUCCAUCAUAUGAAAAUUCCUUUGAAUGGUUUGGAGUCAUAUUUGUUCGUGCAGGUUAUUAUGAAGGCGGAGUAUUUAGAUUUACAAUAACAUUACCUGAAAAAUUUCCUGAUGAGAGUGUUCCAGUUGUAACAUUUUCAUCAAAUUUGUAUCAUCCUGCUGUCAAUCCAAAUACUGGAGAUCUAAACCUGCAGGAAGUGUUUCCACAAUGGGAUAUAAAGCGCAACCAUAUUUGGCAAAUAUUGAAAUACAUCCAUUUUAUUUUUCAUAAUUUAAACAUGAAAUCACCUGUCAAUGCUGAUGCUUCAACUAUGUACAAAACAAACAGGAAAUUAUUCUUGGAGAAAGUAAGAGAAAGUGUUGUGUCCAGCAUUGACCAUAUCUAUGAUGAUCCACCAACAGAUGACAAACAUUAUAUAACAUUUACACCUUAUGACCCAGAAGUUCAUGAAAAUGCCAAGAAUAUGAUGCUUAAACCACCUGCUCCCAAUGAAGGUCUUGUACAAGGGAUCUCAUGGGUACAGCCUGGAUCAUACCAACCAUUCUCUAAGGAAGAAACAUAAUAAGCCCACAAAGUAUUAUUUGAACAAGGAUUCAAUUACUUGCUUAAGACAUUUGUUAACAUAUAUUCGUAAAAUUUUUACAUGUAGGAAAAA